AUGUUUGUUUUAUCAAAGUCAAUAAUCUUAUUAACAAUAAUCCUUCAAUUCAUAUCAACAGUCUUGUUAGCAUUUUUAUUAUUGGGUUGUAUAGAUUCAUCAUCAAAUUACUCCAACGUUUAUCUUAUCAACUACAAAUUUAAUUCAUCAUCUUCAUUAUAUCAACACCUAACUCUAAAUUCAAAUUCCACCACUACACUAAGUGAUAUUUCUGUUAAAAUUGGGUAUUUAGGAGUUUGUUUAUCUAUUGAUAAUGAUUUAAAAUGUACUACUUAUAAAACAUUAGAUUCUAUACCUUCAUAUACUUUAACUUUUUUAUCAAAUCAAUUUAAUUUAUUAAAUAUUGCUCAAAUUUUUAAAGAUAUAGUUCAUCCACAUUUAUUAAUGUCAUCAAUAAUUUUAACUUUAUUAUGUUUAUUAAUCUUAUGCUACAUAUUAUUACCGUUACCUGGACGUUUGGUGGUGAAUAAAUUUGGCUUACUUGUUAGUUUUUUAAAUAUGAUGCUUUGGGGGUUAGGUGCUAUGCUUCAAGUUCAAUCAUGUAAAUCUGCAACUAAAUUAUUACAAGAAUCAAGUUUUGGUUUAGUUAUGAGUUCUAAUGGUAGUAGAGCUGAAAUUAUGACUUGGGUUGCUUUUAGUUUUAUUUCUGUUGUGUUUUUGUGUAUGGUUUUGCUGAAUUGGAUUGAUUUUAGAACUAAACGUGUUGCUAAUGGUGGUAAAGUUUGA